UGCCUCAGCCCCCGACGAGCUGCGAUUCCGGAAGUCCCGCGUGGGGGCCGGUGGGCCUUCGGCCCAGGCGGCUAUGGCCGUGGCUACUGUAGCUGCACUCCUGGCCGCACUGGGUGGGGCCCUGUGGCUGGCUGCCCGACGGUUCGUGGGGCCCAGUGUCCAGCGCCUGCACGGAGGCGGAAACUCGAGCCUCAUGCACGGGAAGACCGUGCUGAUCACGGGGGCGAACAGCGGCCUGGGCCGCGCCACGGCCGCCGAGCUGCUGCGCCUGGGGGCGAGGGUGAUCAUGGGCUGCCGCGACCGUGCGCGCGCCGAGGAGGCAGCGGGUCAGCUCCGCCGCGAGCUCCGCGAGGCCGGGGGCCCGGAGCCGGGCUCUGACGACGGCGAGGCCGGGGAGCUCGUCGUCAAGGAGUUGGACCUCGCCUCGCUGCGCUCGGUGCGCGCCUUCUGUCAGGAGAUGCUCCAGGAAGAACCUAGACUGGACGUCUUAAUCAACAAUGCAGGAAUCUUCCAGUGCCCUUAUAUGAAGACCGAAGAUGGGUUUGAGAUGCAGUUUGGCGUGAACCAUCUGGGGCACUUUCUACUCACCAAUCUUCUCCUUGGACUCCUCAAAAGUUCAGCUCCCAGCAGGAUUGUGGUAGUUUCUUCCAAACUUUAUAAAUAUGGAGACAUCAACUUUGAAGACUUGAACAGUGAACAGAGCUAUAAUAAAAGCUUUUGUUACAGUCGGAGCAAACUGGCUAACAUUCUUUUUACCAGAGAACUGGCCCGCCGCUUAGAAGGCACAAACGUGACUGUCAACGUGUUACACCCUGGUAUUGUGCGGACUAAUCUUGGCAGGCACAUACACAUUCCACUGUUGGUCAAACCACUUUUCAAUUUGGUGUCAUGGGCUUUUUUCAAAAGCCCAGUAGAAGGUGCCCAGACUUCAGUUUAUUUAGCCUCGUCACCUGAGGUAGAAGGUGUGUCAGGAAAGUACUUUGGAGAUUGCAAAGAGGAAGAACUAUUGCCCAAAGCUAUGGAUGAGUCUGUGGCAAGAAAGCUCUGGGAUAUCAGUGAAGUAAUGGUUGGCCUUUUAAAAUAGGAACAAGGAGUGGAAGAGAGCUAUUUAUAAAACUGGCUGCCAGUUAUAUCUGUCAUCAGAAAUGGGGUGGCUUGAGUACUUGCUACUUGAAAACUGUUUUGGUUUUACGCUAGUACUGCUGAGAGGUACAUAUGGAUAUUUUGAAGUUACUAAAAAGUUAUUUUUUUGGAGAGCAUAAAAUUUCUGAAAAGAUGUCUUAAAUAUACAGUAAGCAUAAUGAAUAGUAAAAUGAGCAUUAUAAUAUACUUUAGAAAUUAUAAUUGAGCAAGCAUGGAUUAUGAAUAUUAAAGAAUCCACUGACUUAAACACCUUGUGAACUUUUUCAAAUACCUUUUGAGUUUCAUGGCCAAAGUGUUAAAUAUUUUCAUUGCAGUGCUGGUUUUUGUGUGAAAACAACAUGCCUGUUGUGUGCACAGUUCUUACGUGGAAUAAAUUUAAUGAUGCAAAUCCUUAA